UCGAUGUCUCAGUUGACCAUUCACAGGACGGUAUUCUUAUGAUGAACCAAUCAAAUGCUUAAGCUAUAUAGACGUAUCUGUACUGUUUUGACGGUAAGGUCGGACUGUUUUGAUGCAGUUAGCGGAGAUGUUGACAUGAAAAUGUAACGGGAGGUCUGGAUUAUCGAAUGUAUUUCCAUCGAUAGAACAUAUUCCUGUAUAAUAAUAGAACGCUAUAGUCGUUGGCCGGUAAUAGCUAAUCAGGGCAGGCAUGUUGCAAAUAACGCAACAGUUUUUUUUCCUUCGACCUUCUCAGAGAAUAUCAAGAAUGCAUCGAGUUAACACUGUGUUUACAUGAACUAGCGGUGUCGAGCUGAACGUUUUUUUUUUGUUGUUAUAGGUUAUUUCGUGUACCUCCUAACUAAUGUAUAUCGCUUGAUAGCUGUGCUAUUGCAAAAGCUGGUAUUUCAGGACAAAUCAUUGCUGUCUUCCCUGAAAUGGACACUCCAAAUACACUGUCCAUGUUACUGCUGGUCUCAGAGCAGUGCCACUGUCCUUAACCUGCUCCUUGUCAACAUAACUAGCUGAGCUAAACUUUCCCGGUUUAGUUUUCUAUGACUCUCAAAACUUAUGCUCGACUAGAUUCGUUGGAAUCGCUCCUCAACGAACUUCCCUGUAUGUUUUAUCUGGGCCUGUUUUUUGUGAACGUUUUGAUCCUCUACUAUGCCUUUCUCAUGGAAUACAUCGUCCUGAAUGUGGGGAUAGUGUUUCUACCGGAAGAUAUGGACCAGGCGCUGGUGGACCUAGGGGUACUAUCUGACCCGGCCUCUGUCCCUUACGACACGGACACAGAACUCGAUGUUUUCGAGAGGUACCUGGAGUGAGCUGAGGCCCAAGGCUAGAGAGCCAGAGAGAAGCGCCGCUGCACCGGCAUGCUCCCCGGGGUGAUCUGGACUCCUACCGGCCUGUGAUGAUGACGAUGAUGAUGAUGAUGUUGGGAGAGACUGAUACUGGGAACUCCAGGAGGAGGAUAUUUGUAUUGGCUUGGAGCAACAUUGGCUGCGGGAUGAAAAAGUUGUCAAGGCUCAAGACCAGAUAUCUGGAGACAGUCAGAACCAACAGACAGACAGGGAAAUUCACAGCAGAGUUACCUGUCUUAACUGGCCAAUCAACAAGCAGAACUGUCUAACUGUGGCCAAUCAACAAGCAGAACUGUCUAACUGUGGCCAAUCAACAAGCAGGACUGUGACUGGCCAAUCAACAAGAAGAACUGUCUAACUGGCCAAUAACCAAGCUGACCUGUCGAACUGUGGCCAAUCAACAAGCUGACCUGUCGAACUGUGGCCAAUCAACAAGCAGACCUGUCUAACUGUGGCCAAUCAACAAGUAGACCUGUCUAACUGUGGCCAAUCAACAAGCAGACCUGUCUAACUGUGUCCAAUCAACAAGCCGGACUGUCUAACUGUGGCCAAUCAAACAAGCAGACCUGUCUAACUGUGGCCAAUCAACAAGCCAGACUGUCUAACUAUGGCCAAUCAACAAGCAGUACUGUCUAACUGGCCAAUCAACAAGCAGGACUGUGACUGGCCAAUCAACAAGCAGGACUGUCUAACUGGCCAAUCAACAAGCAGGACUGUGACUGGCCAAUCAACAAGCAGGACUGUGACUGGCCAAUCAACAAGCAGGACUGUGACUGGCCAAUUAACAAGCAGAACUGUCCAACUGGCCAAUCAACAAGCAGAACAUUGCGUGAUCAGGGGACAACGUCACACUAACUCUGACCCUAGAGAAAUGACCUAGGAUCAGUCGACCUGACAGGACAGCACUGUAGUGUUUACUAUCUCUGACCCUAGAGAACUGACCUAGGAUCAGUCAACCUGACAGGACAGCACUGUAGUGUUUACUAUCUCUGACCCUAGAGAACUGACCUAGGAUCAGUCAACCUGACAGGACUGUAGUGUUUACUAACUCUGACCCUAGAGAACUGACCUAGAAUCAGUCAACCUGACAGGACAGCACUGUAGUGUUUACUAUCUCUGACCCUAGAGAACUGACCUAGGAUCAGUCAACCUGACAGGACUGUAGUGUUUACUAACUCUGACCCUAGAGAACUGACCUAGGAUCAGUCAACUUGCUUCAGGUUCUUCUACACUUCUGGGAAUGUUAUCACAUUUGUUUAAAGACUGUUUUAAACAACCAGGAAACCACCAGUUAUUUCUGGUUGUUUAUCAGCGUUAGCUGGCUUAGCUCGUUGAUCCUGCUUUUGUAUCAUACCCCUCAGGAGGUGUGGACUGGAGAAGUGUUUGUUGUGUUAUUAAGAGAUGUGUGGCAUGAAAUACAUUUGACAGAUUGUG